CCGCCUGCCUGGCUGGGAAAAGGCGCAUCUUCCCUCCUUUUAUAUUUCAGUCACGCACCUUUGCUCAGAUUUGACAAGAAGCAUGAGGGAUGUGUUUUGUUGUUAUCCUAGCAGCACCGUAAUUUAAAGAAGAGAAAAUCGCGCUUAGAGUCGAUGCCUUUGCUUCGUGUGAUUUGAGAUUUCUGGAUUUAUUCUGCAUUGAUUGCCGUUUUUGCGCGUAUUUUAGAAAAAUCUGCAACGCUUGCAUACGACCUGGCGACUGCGCCUCUUCGAAGAGAGUAGGGCGAUAACCGAGAGGUAUCAAAAAAAUUUGCUUCGGGGCCGUUCAUAUUUUUCUAUUCGUCCGUUUGCGAAAAAAUAUAAGAAAAUCUUAUUUUAAAACGAGGCGCGGGAGCAUUAGUGGUUUGAGAUCACAAGCACCGAUAUUUCACGAUGCACCUCACCCACCUCCGAUGAUGCUGUGGUCAGAGAGCAGUAAAACAGACUAAAAAUGUCAUGGGCCAUGUCCACUCCAGCGGGUACAAGACACCUGCGAUCCUGGUUCUGAAUGCAGCGGAGAGAGACACCGAACUGGGUGUCACCGUCAGCCCUGGAUGCUGCGCCGAAAGAUGGGAUACUCCGACCCAUCGUCGGGUAAAGACUUACUCGGCAGCAGAUCUCUUUGUUUUAUAUUUAUUUGCGCAUUUGGACUCGUCACACUUUUGCAACAGAUUCUCUACGGGAAAAACUACAUCAAGAGUGCGCAACAGUUUAGCCGACUCAAAGGGGACGAGACAGGAAAUUGGACCGGUCCCGUUAAUUUCUCGGAUGACGGAUCUCUGAAGCCUGCCAGAAAUGGAAGGAAAAGAUGUUUCCGUCAGAAUUUUCAGCCAGAUUCACAGAUCUCCGUAAUAGUCACACCCUGCCUAGCUGAUAUUAAGAAGAAAAAAAAACGCUCUCAAAGGUAUCUGGAAACUUAUGAUGGCUCCUAUGACUACAACUCUACUGCAUGCAGGGAGCUCAGACAGGAGAUUAUAGACGUCAAAGUGCUGACAAUGGUGAAAACCUCAGAGCUGUUUGAGAGAUGGCGAAACCUGCAGGUGUGUAGGUGGGAGCAGAACAAGGAGGAGACCAGCAACUUUAAGAUGUCUCUGUCUCGCUGCUGUAAUGCUCCUAACUUUCUGUUCACGACCAAGAGGAACACCCCCGCAGGGAGCAAGCUGAGGUACGAGGUGGACACCAGUGGUAUCCUUCCCAUUACUACUGAGAUCUUCAAGAUGUUCCCAGAUGAUAUGCCGUAUUCCAAAUCACAGUUCAAGAAAUGUGCUGUCAUUGGGAAUGGUGGUAUCAUCAAGAACAGCAAAUGUGGAAAGGAAAUUGACUCAGCAGAUUUUGUUUUUAGAUGCAACAUACCGCCCAUUAAUGACAAGUAUUCAGCAGAUGUUGGCACUAAAACAGAUCUGGUGACAAUAAAUCCGAGCAUAAUAACUGAGAGAUUUCAGAAGCUGGAGAAAUGGCGGAGGCCAUUUUACGAAGUCCUUCAGAAUUACGAGAACUCGUCAGUGGUGCUACCCGCCUUCUACAACACCCGCAACACUGACGUGUCAUUCAGAGUUAAGUACAUGCUGGAUGACUUCGACUCCCAGAGAGGCGUGUUCUUCUUCCACCCGCAGUAUCUGCUUAAUGUGCAGCGCUUCUGGGCAGUGCAGGGCGUUCGUGCCAAACGGCUCAGCAGCGGCCUGAUGCUGGUGACCGCCGCAUUAGAGAUGUGCGAGGAGGUCCACCUCUACGGUUUCUGGGCAUUUCCUAUGAACCCCUCCGGCAUCUUCAUCACGCACCACUACUACGACAAUGUCAAGCCGCGGCCCGGCUUUCACGCGAUGCCCCAUGAAAUUUUCAACUUCAUUCACAUGCACACACGUGGGAUCAUCAACGUACACACGGGGCCGUGCAUAUGAUCCCUCACUCUAACUGCGAACCUGCUUUAAUGCAACAGAUUUUCACUUAUAAUUUGUCGUCAGGCAGGUUUGAUUCAUGGUGUUUUCAGUUUAGUUCACUGUUUCGAGCCCAGUUACACAGAGUUGACUUUGGGGUCAGACACAUUCUGAAUAGUUCAACUACACGUUGAAGAUUUCUCGCUUUAACUGCCAGCAUCUUUUAAUUUCUUCAGUAAAAUCACCAUGGUUAUCGCUGACUCUCAGACCGUUGGAUGCUUGUUUUUAAUGUGAAAAGUGGUCUUCAUAGUGAUGUUGUUUCUGUGAAGUUUUCUAGUGGCUCGGCUGUACAGAGGUGUUGUUUUUCUACUCAGUUACACAGCUAUUUAAGCCUCUCUUCUUCUCUCUUUUUCUCGGACACUCUGUGGGUGUGGCAGCUUUUAAUGUUUGUGUAAAAAAUAAAACCCUCUGAACCUAAAUAUUCAGCUAAUAGUAAAAAUAUGAAAAAGAUAAAACUAAAAUUCAGUUGUCUACUUUUGUAAUCUAUUUCCUAUUCACCAGAUUCCCUCAGCGAAUAUUUUAAAACACUAUUGAAAUGGCCUGUUUUUCCAUGGCCUGCUCUCUCCCAUUUAAAAAUAGUUCUCAUUAUUCCUGGUGGAAAAGAGGCAGCAUUAAAUUUUCCUUUUUCUUUUUUUGGGUGGGGUGGAUUGGCAGUGUCAUGGUUCAGGGUGAAAGCGAGAUAGACAUUUUACAAUAUACCAUCUCAACAGAGCUUUGGCUUUCCGAUUUUUAAAACAACAUAGCACUGUAACGCAACCCAGCCUAUCGCUGUCAUUCAUGUCUUAAGCCUUAUUGCCUUAUGAGGUAUGAAAUCCCUCUGUAUGAUGUGCAGUGCACUCGGUGUUUUGCUUGUCUACAAAUACAAUAGCAUCAAACUAAAUUCUUAGUUUGCCUCUUUAAUUUAAGCACAUCAAAACAUGCUAAAGUAAAAAAAAAAAUCCAUGUGCAGUUCGCAGCUUAUAUUCUAUUGGAAUUACUCCCUGUAAACUCCACUCAUAACCAUGUAGUGCUCUGCAUGAUUUUACUCUAUACUUGGCUUUGUGUGUGCCUGCUUCAAUGAUCACUGAAAUAGCCAAUGUUUACACUUAAGCCUCGACUGAAGCUCACAGUGCUUUCGGAGAUGUGCACGGGAACCUUUUUGGAGAAAUAUUGCUGGAUGCGUUAAAGUGGCUGGUAUGAUGCGGUAUAAUUUUCAGUUGUGACCCAAAAACAAAGCAUCAUGCAUUGGUACACUGGAAAGUCGUAAAAGUUUUUACAAUUUGUUUUGUUGUACAACAAAACAAAUUGUUGUGCGCCUGUAAAUUUAUCUUUUGAUCACUCCCCCUGUUCAUUCUCAGCUGUGCACUUGUCCAUUACUUCUUUGUAUGCAUUAUGAAUACGAUUUAAAAAAAAUGCUGUUUCCUUCACCUCUUUAAACAGACGUUUUCUGUGUUUAUGCACAAGAGAGACAAGUUUAACAAAUAUGAGCAUCAAAUAGUUUCCAGUUAAUCACUGAUUUGUUCUACAGUCACAGUUAAAUCAUGAAUAGAAAUAAAGGGGAACUGGUCUGAGUAAUGAACGGAGGUAAUAUAUAACACAGUGCUUCUUAACUGACUUUGGAUCAUUCUUUAUACUGGUACUGUGUUUGUAAAUAAACUUGUCUGAAUUUUCA